CAGCUUUACACUGAUCACUUUACAAAUCUAGAAUGCCUAAAGUUUAUGUUCAAAAUUAAUUGAAUUUUAUCUGCACUCUAUUUUAUGGUAGCAGCUGUAAUAUAGAUGGCAAAAGCAGCAGAGCCAGAUGAAACGGCAGAUUUUGAGAGGGCAAUUUCUGAAUGUGGCUUCGGUUUAUUUAAUGUCAUCAUUUUGAUCUGCGCACUCCCCUGCUUAACUGCAAUGGUUUUCUCUGCCUCCGUCAUAUCAUAUGUGAUGCCAACGGCUCAGUGUGACCUAAACCUGAGCGUAAUGGACAUGGGAAUGCUGAAUGCAGUGACAUACGCAGGCAUGAUUUUGUCAGCCAUUCCAUGGGGCUUUAUAUCGGACACCAUGGGUCGCCGUUCUGUUUUAAUCAUUGGCGGUUUCGUUGACGGUAUUUUUGUGCUCUGCUCGGCCCUAAGUCAAAAUUCCAUUCAACUGAUGAUAUUUAAAUUCUUCGAUGGACUAAUAAUUUGCGGCCCCUUCGCGGUGGUCGUCAGCUAUUUGGCCGAGUUCCAUGGCCAGAAACAUAGACACUAUAUAAUGUUUUUUGUCGGCCUAAUUAUUUCUAUAGGAGCGGUGACAUUACCACUGAUAGCCUACCUAUUACUUCCACUGCACAUUUAUUUCAAAUUGGGAAACAUGAAAUUUCACACGUGGCAGGUAUUUUUCGCUAUUUCGGCUAUACCGAGUUUUUUGAGUGGACUUUUACACAUAUUUUUACCCGAGAGUCCAAAGUUUCUUAUGGCUCAGGGCUACUAUAACAAAGCGUUGAAAUCCUUUCAACGCAUUUACGCCAUCAACAAGCGUAAAAGUCGUGAAAGCUAUCCGAUCAAAACUCUGAUUGACGCCGUGCCAGAGCGAAUGGAAGAAGAAACGGUGAAACGAAAGUGCUGGAGAGCAAAAUUUAUAUUUUUUGAAGGACUGAAGCAGUUGAAGCCAAUGUGGAGUUGUCCUUAUCUGGGAGUAGCCAUUCACGUUUAUCUGUUGCAUUUUUGCCAAAUUAUGUGUGUAAACUCGGUUCGUUUGUGGAUGCCAAAUAUCUUUGCAACGAUACACACCUUAGAGGUAAAAGGAUAUUCAGAUCGGAGCAUGUGCGCAGUUCUAAAGCACGAUACGCAAUUAAACUUCACAAAAGAGGAAAAAAAUCAGGAAUGCGACAUACAUCAUGAACCGGAAACCUAUUCUGAUAAUAUCAUUGUUGCCGCCAUUGGCCUUAUUGGCUAUUUGGUUAUAUUUCCUCUGCUGAGUAUUCAAGUAAUCGCUAGCCACUUGCUGAAGAUCAGCCUGCUUAUAAGUACAUUCCUCGUGGGUGGACUGUACUUUACAAAUUCCAGCCUAUCGAUGCUUCUUGUCUCUGCAUUCUAUUUAACGGUCAUGGGAAUCUGUGCGUCGACUGUUAUAAGUAUGACCGUGGUCUAUUUUCCUACUUUGAUGAGAACAAUGGUUUUAUUAUUGAUUAUGACAUUUGGCCGUUUGGGUUCGGUUGCCGGCAACAUGUUACUACCGCUUUUUAUAAAGAUCAACUGUUGGGCACCGUUUCUGUGGCUAUUUUCCCUAAUGAUGCUUGCAUUUUUAAUGUCACUGUUCCUCAAAGUUAAUAUCAAGCAGGCACUUAAUUAAAUAUAAUAAAUAGUAAUAAUCAUUUAUUGCAAGACAAGUCGUUAGACAACUAUAGAAGGCAUAUAAAUUGAAAUUCAGCAUACUUCUCUAUUAUGCCAAUCUAUUUUGAUGUGCCGACUUAUAACGAUCUAACGAGUGUACAAGCCAUCAUUAUUAUUAUUUAUUAAAAACUGUGUAGAGCGAAGAAUAAUCAACAAACAAACAACUACCUAUUUGGAGAACACAUUUUAGAGCUAAAUUAAAUAUUUA